ACGAGGGCUGUAAUACACGUCUUUCUGAGUCUUUUCCUCGUGAUAUUUCGAAAGUUAGCUGCUGUUUUCCGUUGAAAAAUGACUCUCGAAGCCAUCAAGUACAAAGCUGGCCAACUACAAAUACUCGACCAGCUACUGUUGCCCGGGGAAUCGAAAUACAUUCCCAUUACCGGCGUUAAGGAUGGUUGGAUCGCGAUUCAUAAGAUGCAGGUGAGAGGUGCACCAGCCAUCGCCAUCGUUGGUUGUUUAUCGCUCGUGGUGGAGAUUUACGAUAAACAGUAUGACACGAAGGCUGCGCUCGAGCAGGAAGUAAGCAAACAUCUGCAAUAUCUCGUCACGUCACGACCGACGGCAGUCAACCUGAAGCUGGCAGCUGACGAUGUGAAGUCACUGGUUGAAAGUUGUUUGGCCAACGAAACGGUGAAUGUUGAUGGGAUGAAGCAGGAAGUUAUCAAGUCGAUUGAACACAUGUUGGAGAAGGAUAUAAGUGAUAAUCGUGCCAUCGGCGACAACGGUGCCAAUGUUCUGUUGAAAGGAAUAGAUAGGCCAUUGAAAUUGCUAACUCACUGCAACACUGGAUCGCUAGCAACCGCAGGUUACGGAACGGCUCUAGGCGUAAUACGGAGUGUAAAUGAAAGGAGCCUCCUAGAACACGUGUACUGUACUGAAACUCGACCGUACAACCAGGGUGCCCGUCUGACCGCUUAUGAACUUGUGCACGAUAAACUUCCAGCUACCCUAAUCACAGACAACAUGGUAGCCGCCCUGCUAAACACCCGUAAAAUUGAUGCCAUCAUCGUCGGUGCCGAUCGUGUCGCGGCAAACGGUGAUACGGCUAACAAAAUUGGCACGUAUCAGAUGGCUGUGGUGGCAAAACAUCACGGUGUACCAUUUUACGUGGCUGCACCAUUCACUUCGAUCGAUGUCGCUAUUACGGAUGGUUCGCACAUUAAAAUUGAGGAACGACCAGAACACGAGCUAACACACAUCGGUGGGCAGAGGAUUGCCGCGCCCGGGAUUGGGUGCUGGAAUCCGGCAUUUGACGUUACGCCGGCCGAACUGAUAACGGGCAUUAUCACCGAACGCGGUGUACUGAAACCGAGUGAAUUGGCUGAAAAGGUCAGACAAAAAUGAAUGAAUCGAUCGCGCGUUGCGGUUCAGUAACGUUAUUAACGCAGGAUGUGUUUUGUUCUUGUGUAUGGGUACGGUAAUCUAGCGUGAGAAAGAUUUUACUAGAAAUGCAAAGGUUUUGCGGGGAAAAGGGGCUAAAACGUUUAGAGACUAAGAAGGGGAAAUUAUGCUUCUUUUGCAACGUGAUAACAUAUACCAGCACAACGGAAAAGGGUCAAUACAUAAAUCACGUUGUACGUGAUAAGUGGCUGCGUACGUUGACAGUUAGUUUUGCAAUAGGCGGAGCUCGGAAUAUAAGGCUAACGAACCCUGUAAGCUGCCAUGCAGAGUAUGUGCUAUUGUGAUUGUAAACCAGGAUUACUGUUUAGAAAUGUCCUUGUCGAAGUGGGAUGGAUAGAUGGGAAGUGCGUAGACAGACGUGUGGAUUAGACUAUAAGCGAGCUCUAUGACGGUGUAAGGAAUAGCACAUUCAUGGCAGUUAUGCUAUGAGAUAGCUUGUUUUCUUUUAAAAACCAUUCCGUUAAUAGCCUCGCUUCUUAUUGGAGAAAUAUAACCUGUA